AUUGGAAAUACAGGAGGCAUGAUGGACAAUAUUAUUUCUUCCAAGUUAUAUCGUCCAGGUUCUGUAUCCUAUGUUUCAAAAUCCGGUGGAAUGUCCAACGAGUUGAAUAAUAUCAUAUCUAGGACUACUAAUGGUGUAUAUGAAGGCGUAGCUAUAGGUGGUGAUAGAUACCCUGGUUCCACCUUUAUUGAUCAUUUGUUACGUUUUGAAAGUGAUCCAAAUUGUAAGAUAUUGGUCUUGUUAGGAGAGGUUGGAGGUGUGGAAGAAUAUAGAGUAUGUGAAGCUAUCAAAGACGGGCGUAUCAAAAAGCCAUUAAUAGCAUGGUGCAUCGGAACUUGUGCCAUGAUGUUUUCAACAGAAGUUCAAUUUGGGCAUGCUGGUGCUAUGGCUCAGUCUAAUUUAGAAACAGCAAACGCAAAAAACAUUGCGCUCAGAAAUGCAGGUGCCAUCGUUCCAGAAACAUUUGAAAAAUUGCCUUUGGCAUUACGUGAUGUCUAUCAAAAACUUUUAUCCGAAGGUACAAUCGUACCUGCACCUGAACCGGAAGUUCCAAAGGUACCCAUUGAUUAUACUUGGGCACAGGAACUUGGAUUGGUUCGUAAACCCGCAAGUUUCAUGUCUACCAUAUGCGAUGAUCGUGGACAAGAAUUGUUGUAUGCUGGAAUGAGAAUAUCUGAUGUGUUUAAAGAAAACAUUGGAAUCGGUGGUGUUUUAAGCUUGCUUUGGUUUAAACGACGACUUCCUGACUAUGCAUGCCGAUUUAUCGAAAUGAUACUCAUGUUGACAGCUGAUCAUGGACCCGCUGUAUCUGGUGCACACAAUACAAUUGUUACUGCUCGUGCCGGAAAAGAUCUUAUAUCAAGUUUGUGCACUGGACUUUUAACAAUUGGAGAUCGAUUUGGAGGUGCACUCGAUGGUGCCGCAGAGAUGUUUACUGACGCUUAUGACAAAAGCUUGACUCCUCGUGAAUUCGUUAAUUCAAUGCGAAAGCAAAACAAACUCAUUCUCGGUAUAGGACAUAAGGUCAAAUCACGUAAUAACCCAGACUUUCGCGUCGAAAUAAUAAAGGAAUUUGCCAGAAAUAACUUUCCAUCUACAAAGUUACUGGAUUAUGCUUUAGCCGUUGAAGAAAUAACAACAGCGAAAAAAGAUUCACUAAUUCUUAAUCUUGAUGGUGCCAUCGCAGUUUGUUUCGUUGACAUGUUACGUGAAUCAGGUGCAUUUAGUAGAGAAGAAGCGGAAGAAUAUAUUAAGAUUGGUGCCUUAAACGGAUUAUUUGUAUUAGGUAGAAGCAUAGGUUUCACCGGUCAUUAUCUUGAUCAACGUCGACUUAAACAAGGACUUUAUCGACAUCCAUGGGAUGAUAUUUCUUAUUUGGUGCCAGGUGUGGAAACUGGACGUACAUUUGUUAGUCAAGACAAAGUUACAGAAAAGGGCGUAUGA